AUGGCGCCUCGAGAGAAUUCGCAUGAGCCUACCGGCACGCCGGUGCCGGUAGAAACAGGAUUUGCCACACUAGCACAGCUUAGGGUUGGAGUGAAAGCAUGGGUUGAAAAGGAAGGCGAGAAGCGCAAAGCGGAGCUACUGUCGAUCCAGACUCGUCAGGGUCAGACGAAGUUCUACGUGCAUUAUGAAGACUUCAAUAAGCGUCUCGACGAGUGGAUUGCAGCAGAUCGCAUCGAUCUAUUGCGAGAAGUCGAGUGGCCUGCGCCCGAGAAGAGCGACAAGAAGAAAAGCGGUACUUCUAAGACAGACAAAGCACCUUCCAAGUCGGACCAGAAGAGCCUGAAGAGAUCCCGGAGCAAGCUGGACCGCGAGGUAUCAGGCACACCCGAAUCAACAUCUAGUAAAAUCCCUGGUAAGGCACAGCGACCGUCAAAAGCAAGCGGAAAAGAGAACCAGGACGUGCUGGUCACCAGUGAAGCCACAGAUGGCACGCCCAAGCCCGAAGACGAGGAGAUGGACCUGGUGGACGUCCAGGACGCCGCCGCAGCAGCCAAAGCUGUAUCAGACCAGAAUUACUCACGUGAAGACGAGAUUGAGAAGCUUCGCACGUCAGGUUCGAUGACACAGAACCAGACCGAGAUCUCCCGAGUCCGCAACCUUGAGAAAGUACAGAUGGGAAAGUUCGAGAUCGAACCCUGGUACUUCUCUCCUUACCCCAUCGACUUCGUGGACUCAGACGUCGUCUAUAUCUGCGAGUUCUGUCUCUCAUACUACGGCGAACAGACACAGUUCGAGCGCCAUCGCGCCAAGUGCACGCUUCUGCACCCACCCGGCAACGAGAUCUACCGCGACGACUAUGUAUCGUUCUUCGAGAUUGAUGGCAGGCGGCAGCGGACGUGGUGUCGAAACCUUUGUCUGCUCUCGAAACUGUUCCUGGAUCAUAAGACGCUCUAUUACGACGUUGACCCUUUCCUUUUCUACUGUAUGUGCACUAGGGACGAACAUGGCUGCCACCUUGUUGGCUACUUCAGCAAAGAGAAGGAAUCUGCUGACGGCUACAAUGUGGCCUGUAUCUUGACCCUCCCGCAAUACCAACGAAAGGGGUUCGGAAAGCUACUAAUCGACUUCUCGUACAUACUGUCCAAGCGGGAGGGUAAGCUUGGGUCGCCUGAGAAGCCGCUUUCAGAUCUGGGUCUGCUGGGCUACCGGGCAUACUGGCAGGAAAUCAUCGUAGACCUUCUGAUGGACGGCCGGAUUGAGGCAAACAUCGACGAUCUCGGCGCAGCAACAGCGAUGAUGACGAACGAUGUUUUGCACACGCUGCAGAAUCUCAAUAUGCUGCGCUACAGUAAAAACCAGCACGUCAUUGUCUUAACGGAUGCCGUGCUCGAACAAAGGGAGCGGCAGAAAGCGAAGGAAAAGCUGAAGGGCAAGAGGAGCCUCGACCCAGAACGACUCAUCUGGAAACCGCCUGUCUUCUCUGCCGCCAGCCGUACGUGGAACUGGUAA